CAAAACAUAGGUUAUGACCGAAGAUGAUGAAUAUGAAUAUAGGUUACGACAACUAACUGAAUGUAAAUAAUCUGAUAGUGUAUUUUGUCAUGAAAUAUUUCCUAUUAUAAACUUUCCCAGCAAAGUUUGUAAUUUAAGUAUGAAAUAUUUCGCGUCGUGGAUAGUUUUGUGCAUUAUAAAUCAACUGCAAUGCACCCUGUCACUUGCACAUGAUACUUUCACUGAAGAACUACUGAUAAAGCCCUUGUUUGGCAAUCAAGUGUAUGCACAUUUUAAUUUUGCCACUGUGUGGAAUGUGGAACCGGAAAAUGAAAAUUAUCGCCACACGAAUUUAUUCCCGAGAGCUCUGGCAGAAAUAGUCGAGAGCCUCAAUGUCCAGGAAUUGCACAUUAGCUUGACCAGUGGUCUGUGGAGAUACGAAACAUGGGGCUAUCCAGUGAUAGAUGCAGCUCCUGGUGCCGAAGUUUGGGCCUGGUUCAAACCGCAUACAAAAAAUGUUCCCGGCAAUUGGCAGCUGCUAACAAACUCGCUCUCUGGCCUGCUUUGUGCGUCCUUUAAUUUUGUGGAUCACAAGAAUACCAUCAGUCCGGAAUUUUCAUUUCGUCCUAGGGGAGUAGUCGAUUGGCCAAGUGUUAAUAAUUCUUUUGUCAGAUAUGCCAGUCUUCCUCGUGAGAUUGUUUGCACGGAGAAUUUAACUCCGUUCAAGAAAUUGUUGCCAUGUGGCUCCAAGGCUGGUCUAGCCUCAUUGCUCAACUCCGGACACAUUCAUAACACCAAAUAUCACUCAAUAGGACUUCAUUUGAGGCAAGUUUGCCAAACGGAGAGUUGCGAUGCGAUUGCUUUGGAGUUGCAACUGGCCGUCUCCUUAGUGUACGAUUAUGCCUUAUUAGGCACCAAGGAUUGGUCGUUUAAGAACCUAUUCGGACAGGGAUUACAUGGGAAAUGUCCCCUGGCAUCCAACAGUUCAAUUUACGUUGAUUUGUCCAGUAGGGCAUGGCAUAAUUUUGGUAUAUUCCCAGAGCCGAAUAAAAUAGAAACCUCAAUAAGAGGCGGACAAGUUAGUGAUUAUGCCGUCUACAGUAUUCCUCGCUACUUUCUAAAUGUACAUGCAAAGUACGAUGCUUCGUUUGAUUUGAGUAUUAAUAUUCCGCCUCCUUUGCAUGCCAAUCAGUAUUUGACUGGCUAUGGACAACAGAGAGGUGGCAUUGUGACUGAGAUUUACAACAAUCACUGGAACAGCUUAACAGUGAUUUUGUUGCAAAACAUUGCCUGGUUUGUGCCAGUUUACCUGCAUACCUUGAAUGUUGUUUCCAAUGGCCAAGUUAUUACACCAACUGUUCUACGGUAUGGCCCAGGAGGGCAAAGAAAGAAGCCUUAUUAUAUUGAGGUGGUUUUAAAGCUGCCUCCUCGCUCAGUUACAACGGUAUCGAUAGAUUUCGAUUAUGUUUUCUUGGAAUGGCAAGAAUACCCUCCAGAUGCCAACCACGGGUUUUACAUCGGCUCCGCUGUUGUGUCCAGUUUCCUACCCUUAGCCAAAAACUAUACCGGACUUCCUCAAGACUCAUCCACAGUAUUUGGAAGUUUCAACGCCUCUCGCAGCGGCUAUUUAGUACAAAUUCGCACGGAAAAUAUGGUCAUUACAUUGCCCACGCCAGAUUUUAGCAUGCCGUACAAUGUGAUUUGUCUUGCGUGCACUGUGGUGGCUUUAGCAUUCGGUCCUUUACAUAAUAUCACCACGAAAAGACUGAUACUGAAGAAAAAAAAUGAAGAAAAACUCAUUCAGAGGCUGAAAAAUCGGCUGGUGGAAAAGUUCUGGAAAAAGGAAAAAGAAGAAUAAUUACGUGUGGAUUGUAAAUAGUUGCGCAUCAGUUAAGUGUGUUAGGAAAAUGUUGGUAUGAAUUGUCUGCAGCUGUGUGUUUUAAUUGAUUGGUGUUUAUAAAGGGAAAUGAAAUACAUGUUUUCUAUAUUGA